AUGCCGCCACGAAGGAAAUCGCGACGAACAGCAGGACCGUCAGACGAUACCGUCAGCGUCCAAUUUGUUCCUGACCCGGUCGAAACCCCCCCCUCCCAAGCGGCUGUUGAGGCGUCUGCAUCUGGUGUGGGAUCGGAGGGCCUUUCUGAUGCAAUGGUUUCGUCUAUUGUCGCUGCAGUGACAACGGCGAUACAGUCGACCAACGCGGCUCAGAAUUCUUCCCGUUCCAUCAAUCUGGUCACCGACGCAGUGCAACGCGAUGUGCAGUCCCUUACCAAUACUCCAGUUGGGGCCGUUGAGUCGUCAGGUAGCGAGAUAUUACCCAGUGCGCCUUUAUUUUCUAGUAUAGGUGUACCCUUAGGUAGCCGCUUGAGUGCACGCCUAAAGAAUAAGAUCUGGGCGGAGGAAUUCGUCAACUUUGGCUCUCUUCUAGAUAUGUCCCCUAAUCCGGAUAAGUUCGCAUUAUCUAUCACCGCUCCCACCGCCGGAAUUGGGUCUAAACCCCUAAUUUUACAUUCGAACCGGUACACAAUGCGAAGAAAUUGA